CGUGUAAUGAGGUAAGAUACGUUCAUCGAAAUCAAAGUAUUGGGCGCAUGAGGCUCGUGGGUGUUUCGAACAGUGGGAGCCGUUGGUGAAAGAAAUCAGGCGAGUAUUGGCGAAUGGAGGUAUUUUCGAAGUGCGUAUUUCUUGAGUUAUCUGCACGCAUCCUAACCUCUCGCAUGCAGGUCAUUGAUGAGCCGUCGGAGAGUUUCCCAAGUAUUCAUCCCAGUGACCCAAACGCGGUUCAAUCAAGUGCCCGGGCGGGAGACAGCGAAGACAGAUAUCAACGACGCCAAGAGGAACGUCAUCAUCUUCAGCGCGCAUUUAUAACAAUGCUGGGAGAUGCACAUCUCAACGAGGGUCCGUGGAUAGUGCCACCGCUUUUGAAGCGUUAUUUUCAUGUCAUUAAGCACCAAAAGUAUGAGAUAUCGCUCAGAAGUGCAGGUACUUUGGGUGGUUGGGAACAGCAGACAAGCAGCAUUGGAAUAUCCGCGAAACCCGCGAAUAGGGAAGCAAGUUUAAUUCGCGGUCAACAGACUGUGUCCCGUUCCGAUGCAUGGGGAAUGAUGGAUCACUUGACAUACGGGUCAUGCGAUAGUGUCCUGACGAUACCACUUGAUGACCUGUGCAACUAUGCCACCUACGCCUCAGAUAGACUUCUUGCUGCUUCGCCUUUUAUUUGCAAAUUCCUCGAUGGGGUGCCCAACAAAGAUCGAUUCAAGUUCGACCCUGAAUCGGGGCCAUCAGCCAACCAAACCAGUAUGUUUUCCGGUUAUGACGAGGAGAGACUAAAGCGUAUAGGUCUUAACGACUCAUUCCUCUCGUGGUUCGACGAGGGUGGAAACGAGGUAAUAGAGGCUGGUAACCUGCCUAGAAAUGAGGGGAAGAGGAUAUCAGAAUUGCGCUUGGUGGUGCGCAAAAUAUUGGUGUGGAUCGCGACUCGUUAAAGGAACGUAGCACCCGAGAUUAUAACCGUUGUUGUGUGAUAUGUGUAAUUGCAUGUGUCAAGACAUGCACUUGGUAUUGGACUCACUCCAUCGAGUGAAUCUAGUCUUGAUGCUGAAUAGUAUGCGGAGACCCCAUAAUUGAACAGUUCCCACAGGGGAGAAAGGCUAAGAAGAAUGAACAAUAUGUAAG